CAAAUUUGUCUGCCGUUUCGAGAUAUCAUUCAAGAUGAAAUUUGCCGUUUUUGCCUUCCUCCUCGCCUCUGCUGCCGCCUUUGCUCCGGCUCAGCAGUCGGCUCGUACUUCGGUAGCCACCAACAUGGCUUUCGAGAACGAAAUCGGUGCUCAGCAACCCCUCGGAUAUUGGGAUCCCCUCGGUCUGGUCGCCGACGGUGACCAGGAGAAGUUCGACCGUCUCCGUUACGUUGAGAUCAAGCACGGGCGUAUUUGUAUGCUUGCCGUUGCCGGAUACCUCACCCAAGAAGCCGGCAUUCGUCUUCCGGGAGACAUUGACUACUCAGGCACCAGCUUCGAAUCGAUUCCCAAUGGAUUCGCUGCCUUGAGUGCUGUGCCUGGAGCCGGCAUUGCCCAAAUUAUUGCUUUCAUUGGCUUUCUCGAAAUCGCCGUCAUGAAGGACAUUACUGGAGGAGAGUUUGUUGGCGACUUCCGCAACAACUACCUCGACUUUGGCUGGGACACUUUCAGUGAGGACAAGAAGCUUCAGAAGCGUGCUAUCGAACUCAACCAGGGACGUGCGGCACAAAUGGGCAUCCUUGCUCUCAUGGUGCACGAACAGUUGGGAGUCUCUAUCCUUCCUUAAAAAUUUAAUUUUCAUUAGUUGCAGUCACUCCGCUUUGGUUU